AUGAUUGCAGUACACCACCACCCCACUGGACUGCUUAAGACAGCUAAAAGUGUUGGAUUUCAAUAUCCUACUACAUUAAGAUUAUUCCACAUCGGUUAUGUUCUAGGCGUAAUAUAUGGAUUCUUGUUCUCACUCAUCUUAACAGCGAGAGAAAACUACUACUCAGAUGCUAGUCUAAUCAGUAGCAUCGUACUUGGAGUUAUCAUCUCUGAGACAGGAUUAUUUAUCAGCUUUUUCUGGGGAGUAUAUACUACGAGUUGGACUACUGGUUUAGAUCUUGAAGGUCUUUGUUUACCGGAUCCAAGUUCUCUUGUGCUUUUUCAUGACCAUCAUGUUAAGUGCAUUAGCAGAGCAUAG